AUGGGAAAUUUCAAUUCGAAUAAUGGACUACGUUUCCCUGUAUUUAAAGUUAGAAAAGGUAGCAAGAAUAAUAACGACCUGGUUCCUAACGAAAUCGAUUUCAAUGAAGAAGCCAAUUUCACAUGGCUACGUGAUCGUCGCGUUUUGGACGAAACGAUUUACCUUCUUGAAAGAUAUAGUGAAGAGUCGAAUAAUAUAGCCUUACUGUUGCAUCAGAUUUAUAAGUAUAUCCUGAGAGGAAACACGAGAACACCUAUGACUCCUGGAAUGCAGAACUGUUUGCAUCUCGGCAUGGGACACUUCAUUUGGUUGGUUGAGAUGGCCAAUGAGCAUCAAGGUGUCCAAUUUGAAGGAUUUGAUAUUUCGAUUAACCCCAAUGAAUUGACAGAGCUGCCACCAAACGUGAAUUUACGUUCAGGAGAUCUCCUCAGGAGACUUCCCUAUCCGAAUGCAAGUUUCGAUUACGUAAACGUCAGAUGCCUUUUAACCGUGUUACCAAGCGAGCAGAUCCCUUUUGCGCUUUCCGAAAUCAUUCGAGUUAGCAGAACGAAUGCUCGCAUUGAAUUUUUGGAAAUGGACAUAUUUAUAAAAAAUACAGGUCCAUAUUAUGAAAAUUGUUUAGGGAAAAUCUGGCGCCAAAUUUGGUUACUUGAUGUAAAUUGUUCAAAAUUAUCCAUACCCAUUGGCAAGUAUGGAGAAAGGGUUGGUGAUAUGUAUGCAAAACAUUUCAUCUAUUCAUCAACUGCCAUUGCAGCCCAUUUAGAGAUGUCACACGAUAAGAUGCAGGAUUAUCUUCUUAAGUGCGUGGAAGAAUUUAAUCAAAAUCAUUCUUUCACCAAUAUUUACCUACUUUGUGCUAGAAAAGGUUAA